AUGAAAGAUUAUACAAUCUGCAGAGGUGUAGAUUAUCGGGUGCAUGAGUCAGAACCCACGAUAUUUUAUGCUAAAUGCACCCAGUAUGAUGCAGGAUGUAAUUGGCUGAUUAGGGUGAGCAAGAUGUCCAGAAAGUUCUGUUGGGAGAUAAGGAGGUACAAUGGUAGUCACACCUGUACUAGGGCCACCAUUUCUCAAGAUCAUUCGAAGCUGGAUUCCAACACAGUUGCAGAAGCAAUAAAGCCAUUGGUAGAAGUUGACCCGUCUAUUAGGGUGAAAUCAGUGAUUGCGGAAGUACAGUCAAAGUUUAACUACACCAUUAGUUAUCGCAAAGCAUGGUUGGCAAAGCAAAAGGCAGUGGAGUCAAUUUUCGGAGGAUGGGAAGCUUCGUACGAAGCCUUGCCGAUAUGGUUUGAGGCUAUGUGUCACAAGGAGCCAUCCACAGUUGUUCAUUUCCAAACAAUGCCUGCGUAUCAGGGAGAUGACUUGGUUCCUAAUAUUCGUGUACUUCACCGAGUCUUCUGGAGUUAUUACCCUUGUAUUAGAGCCUUCAGACAUUGCAAGCCAAUAGUGCAGGUAGACGGAACUCAUUUGUAUGAAAAAUACAAGGAUUGUUUGUUGGUUGCAGUAUCACAGGAUGGCAACAACAAUAUCGUGCCGAUUGCAUUUGCGAUAGUUGAGGGAGAGACAUCUGAUGCCUGGCACUUUUUCCUAAGUAACUUGCGACAGCAUGUUGUGAGACGUGACGGUGUGGGCCUUAUUUCCGAUCGGCACGAUUCCAUUAGGUCUGCUGUUGAUCGUAGUGACGGAGCUUGGUCUCCUCCCAAAGCAUUCCAUAUGUUCUGCAUCAGACAUAUAGAGUCCAACUUUCUGAGAAAAUUCAAGACUCCGUAUUUGCAGAAGCUUAUCGUCAACAUAGGUAUGAUACUCACGAUUACAUUGACUCCUUAA